GAGCCACUUGAAAAUGGCCAAGAGUCAAGCCUCUAGGUCGUAUUCGUCCGUCAGAACCGCGGCAUCACUCCACUAGGCCGAGACUUUGAGGACAUGGUAGUUGUGUGCAAUGUCCUGAAACGAAGAGGGGUUGGCACAAUGGUAUAAUGACAGAGAAGGGGUGUCUCCGCAGUGGUAGCUUGGACUUCCAAUCUCGAACCGGGAACUGCUGCGGUCGUUAGCGGCGGAGCAGAUAGUCAUUUCGACCUGUUGGACCUUCGUCAUAAACGAAAGAUGGCGGCAGACAGGGCAGGUCUCAUUCUCAGAGAGCCACUUCCAAAUCAGUCUCCAUGGAAAGCAUGGAGGCACAACGGGAGGCGUCGAAGCCAGUCGUGCUACUCGAACUCCGAAAAGCAAAUUGGGCACUCCACAUUGGUCAAACUGAAUCGAAUGUGAAACCUGAGAGCUCCUCCACGUUAGAAGCAGGGGGUGCAGAUAGGGAAGGAAGUGCUGAUAGAGAUGGAGGUGCGAAGAUGGGUGAGGAUGAGGAUGCGGGGUGUGGGUGUGGCGACGGGUGUGGUGCCGCACAUCCGAUGCCCACGAGGAAGCAUCCGUCGAAGGAGAUGUGUGAGGAUGCCAACGAUGGUAGAAGACUCACUAUAAUGAAGUCUGCCUUUAAAUAGGAGUGGGUAACGAUUGCGUGAUGUGGGUCGGGAAGGUUGCUACCGCCACCCAUGAGCAUGAGUGAAAAUGAAAAGUCUUACAAGCUAGUAGUGAAGUGUUGAAGUGAAGGGAUGGGGAGAAGAGUGUCUUCUAUUGUCUGUACUGCUAAAGUGAAGGGUUAGGGAGAGGGAGAAUAGAAGACUUCUUGGGAAGGUUCAAUAGAAGAAUCUCAGGAAUUGAAGCUUUUACUUUUAAUAGGAUAGGCCUUCUCUAUGAAAGAGAUGCUUAAGCAGUAAAAUUUGAAAAGUGAAAGGAACGGUAGUUGGUUCUCUACUCAGACUACGACUAUUAUAUAGAUACAAAGUGAAGGAGAUAGGGGAGAGAUAAAGGUGUGAAUAAGCAAAAUAUACUCCCUCCGUCCACAAUUAAACUUCCCACUUUCUUUUUUUCAUCCCGUGUUAGCAGUGACGAACAAGAGCCCAAAUGAUUCAGAUCUAGAAGUCCGUUCCUCCACCAUCUAGGCUUUAGAUCCACAGUCUGCCCCUUUCCCAAUGAAAAGGUUUUGAUUUU